UUGAGAGACCAGACUUUGCUGCGCGAGCAUCUUUGCCUCUCAGAGUAUCUGCUGGAAUUGCUGAAGAGAUGCCUGUUCGGACCUUGGAUGCAAGCCCCCCUUAGGCUCGGCCUUACCCGCCACAUUUCGAACAAUAAGCACGUCCGGGUUUCCCAUCUGAAGUAGUCUUAUUCGGGCGAUUCGCCAGCAUUUUUCGAUGGCUUCGCACACAGCCAUUGCCGUUAGACCUCACGUACAACCAUCGCAGAAUAUUGCGGUCGAAUUCGCGCCGUCGACCGCGAUUCGGAGCACGGUAGGCGCGGUCGAAAUGGCGGCGCUGGAAGGCAAGCUCCACCUGCUGCAGAUCCAGCGAGAGCUCUCAGCCGUCCGAUGCCAAGGCUUCAUCGAGAUGAUCCAAUCCACGCUGCGCGCCGAGCAGGAAGACGCCGUCGGAGCCGCCGCCGAACCCGCCGCGAAAUCCGCCGCGAAGUCCGCUGGUGCCGCCGAGUCGAGGUCGUCGCGGAGCAGCAUCGAGCCGCUGGAUCGAUCGAGGCGCGAAUCGCGGAAGCUUUUCCGGCAUAUGUCGCUGGAUGUUGAUCCGACGGCUGUCAGCCAAAGCUGGAGGGACGAUCUUAGCUUCUACGACGAGCCCGCAUCGUGCUCCCCCUGCGUGCAGGGUCACGGAGGAUUCGCCUUUCACGGCAGCCCUUCCCGAUUGCGCGGCUCUCCGCGGCACAGAUCCCCGCGCCACGCUUCCGCGCGCGCACCUGCUUGUGGAUCCGCUUCUCCGCGCACCCUUCCGCAAUCGCCUGGUCUUCUGCAGCACGGAUCUCCGCGCAUUGCCGCGGCAGGCGCGCGACAGCCUCCGCUUACUCCGCGCACGGUUUCCGCUGCCUCCCCGCGUGUUGCCGCUCUUGCGAAUGCAUCUCUCCGCAGGCACGUGAGCCUAAGUGCAGGGUUCGAAUCCCCGUGCCAGUAAAUAUUCUCAGACACUGCUUGGCGACUCCCCUCCCCAAAGCGACUGGAGCAGCCUACACUUUCGAGAUUGGGGGGAGUCGCUGCACUAUCAGCUAACAUUUGAGCAACCUCGUUACAAUAUACUGCGCUGCUGGGCAUCUGUCAGGCAAAUAAAGUAACUCCUGAUUCCACCAGCCAAGCUUCUGCACACUAGGUAGGUCCUGGUCAUCAGUGCCACAAGGCGCUGUAGCUGUGUAGAGUAAUGCGUAUAUACAGUGAAUGCGAUAUGGCAGUCGUGUACAUACCAUUUGAAAUUGACAAUCAUACAC